AAUUAUAUAAGUGAGAUAAAUUAAUUUAAAAGGAAAUGUAAACAAAAGUUAUACCUGGAGUUGAUUUCUUUCCAUUGGAGUAGAAUGAGUUAGAGCCAAUAGGCCUUUUCCAUCCUCUCCAAUUAUUACAUAUAGAUUCUGGCUCUGUACUCCAACUACAUAAGGAAUCUUCUUCAAAUCUAUCUGAAUCUUCAAAUGAGAAUCUGUCUUGCUCAUCAUUCCAUAUUUCAAGCAUAUCAGAAGCCACUUGUGACAUUCCAACAAGUUUGAAGAGGAACUACUAUAAAAUUGUUUGUUUUAAACUGCAGGUUAUAGAGUAAUAACAACAAACAAAACGGACUGCGGGGGAGAUUUGGAUCUCAGUUAAAAGGACUAUGACCUUUCUCUCCCCCUAGUCAACAUAAGACAAAGAAAACACUUUUUAUGAGAAUAUGAGGAACCGCGCUUACGAUAAUAGUUUUAGUUCGAAGCUGAAAAGAUACAUUGCACGUCAUUAAUACGGAUGAGAUCACACAUUUCAAAUAAGAAGUUUUUUCCUGUCAAAAAUCGACCUACUUCAACAGCAACAGACAAAACACACACUCACACAACAACAAAUAUGGCGGAACUGAAGGAGAGUGCAUGAUGGGAAGUAAACUGCACCUCCCCCUUACCCCUCUACGUCAAUAGAUUUUCCUUUAACCGCUAAAACAUUGAUUUAGAAAAUUUUAAAAGAUGUCAUCUUGUUAGUGUGCAAAACUUAAAAUAUAAACUUUCAACUUUCAGUCAAACGUCAUUCCUUUAUCAAUAACUCAAUUACAAUUUAACUUUUAAAUUAUAGUUUGCAACCUCCACAUCCCUUGUUUUAAGUAAACACUAUGCCUGUAGAAGAACAUAAAGAAUUACGUGAAUUAGUUUCACAUACUCUUCAAGCUAAAGGUGUUUUACAGAAAGUGCAAGCUGAAAUUCGUGCCAGUGUAUUUUUGGCAUUAGAAGAACAAGAUGUUUUUAAGGAUAAGAACCCAUUCAUAAAUACACCUUUGAAGAAUUACUUAGCCACUAAUGAAGGAUUACUAGCAGUUUCAUUGAUCAAAGAAUUUUUAGAUUUUUUCAAUUUGGAGUUUACUUCUUUAGUUUUUGAUCCAGAAACACAUGCUGGUAUAGAUUAUACCUACGAGGGUAGACAGAAAAUCUCAAAGGAUCUGAAGAUUGAUAUUAUUGAUAGUAAAGUUCCACUUUUGGGAUUAGUAUUAAAAAUUUUGACUUCGGUUUCUAAGAAUUCAGAUACUAGUCAUCCUAGUAAUUUAGUACAGAAAAAAGAAGUUACUAGCAAUGCUGAGAAAACAGAAAUAACUGAUAACUUGAUAUCUAAUGGAAUAAACGGGAGUAUAAAUAGGAAAGUAAGCAACCCUGAAGAGAAAACUUCAAGUGUAGGAGCUAGAGAAGAAAAAGAAAAUAGAACAAGUAUGAAAAAAGAAGUGGCAGUAUCGAGUUCAAUGUCCUCUUUAGGUGAUCUACCUCCAUUAACGAAACCCACGCCUCAAAUUUCUUUGUCAGAAUCUCAUAAAAAAGUUACGGUCGAAGAAGGUAAAGGGGAUAUGCUCCUAGAUGAAGGUUCUUCUAGUAAUGAUGACCUAUUUCCUCUGCCAACUACCAAAAAGGAUAAGGAAUCAAAAAAUGAUAUGAGUGAAGAGAGUGAAAUUGAAGAAGAUAUAUCAGAAGCCUCUGGGCCAACUGGCUUCCUGAAGGGCCUAUCUGAGGCAGUUCUUUCUGGAAUGUUCUUUGGAGCCACUGCUGAUUUGACUUGGAGCGGAAUCCUGCUGGAAAACCUAAUGAUUUCCAGCUAA